AUGGCCUCGACCGUGCAGUCGAGGAUUUCUGAAUUCGAAUCGAUGAGAUAUACGAAAUACUCGCCGCCGAGUUUGCUGGAGACCCCGCUGUCUCCUACGGCUUCGUCAUUUAAAGCGAUGGCGCCGCAAGAGUCUCCCUCAGCAUCGCACGGGUCACCCUCUGGGUCUUCUUCAGGUAUGGACCGCAAACCGUCGUUGAUAGACCUGAGGGACUGGGUUGUGGACGAUGGGCCAUCAGUGGAGCUGGAUGACAAUUCAGGCAGAAAAACGAAGGGGAAUCUAUACACUCCAACACCCACACAGAAGGGAUUUGGGAAUGAGUUGAACCGUUCCAACAGUGCGCCACUCAUAAAUCUGGAUUCUCCCCCGAAGCUCAAAGCCACACGUAAUAACAAUAAGCAAACCCACGAGUCUAAUAAGCCGCCGCCGCCAUUACCUCCUCGCAAACCUUCAUUCGUGUCCUUGAAGGACGCCGCCUCUUCGUCUUCCAAGCGGUCUGAUUCUCUCACCGUGGAACCGCCUCAUACUUACCCUCCGAAAUUGAGCCUUACGACCAACACGUCUUCAUUAAGCAAUGGUAGCGCUAGUAGUGGAUCACUUCGCACUGGACUGGGUCACGCUCCUGCAUCCUCCAUAUCAUCAUUCCAUUCCGUCUCUCUCUCAUCCGAUGGUGGUACAGAUUAUGAUCCUAGUACCCCAGGGUCCAUAUCAUCAGCGCACAUUGCAAAUUAUCCAGUGGAACGAGCCGAAUUCCACUCUACUGCCCAUGGCGGCGAUACGAGCAGCCGACCAGUAACAUUGAUCAACGGUAGAGAAGCCGACGCAGUUAGUCUGGACGAAUCCUUUGAGAAUGUUUCCUCGUCUUCCAUCGGUAGCCCUGCGACGAAUGCCAUAAUCACCAUGGACUGGGAAAGAGCGCUGUCGAAGAACAAGUUUCCGUAUACGCCGCGCACUCCUGUACCACCAAAGCUUCCUCAACGGCCCGCUUCGUCGACGAGCAAGUCUCCUGGGUCCAAAGCAUCAUCAUCUAUGCCCUACCAUUCUUCAUCGGCGCCUAUGUCACCGAAGAUGCAACCCAUGAGUUCUGCAUCAUCUUCACAUAGCUCUGACUCAGUAUCAUCCUCUUUCACUGUGAUCCCUAGCGCGGUCAGGCGCAAACCACCGCCGCCACCUCCUCCAUCUUCGUACCCCUCUCCUCCAGUGUCACAACCCUCAUCUCCACCUAUCCUUCCCACUCGCCCGGCAUCCUCGCGAAUCUCCCUCACUUCGAAUUCGGCUUCAGACCGUUCUUCCAUCUUCAGUGUCAGCACUAAUACAUCCCGCAGUAGUUUCGUUGUUAUGCAAUCUGCAGAGUCUCAGCCUGGAUCCAAACUACAUCUGCCCCUAUUCAAUGGACAGACAUCGAGCCCAAAGGUUCAAGCUGCUGUAUUACGUCCAACUCCUGUCCCCGCAGCUGCCCGCCAGAGAUACGAAGCCGUCUUCAAAUUGAAUCUUGAACAGGUUAAAAGGGCCGAAAGGGAUUCCCGGCGAGCGGGCAAGCGUAAAGGCAGUAAGCCUCUAGCAACCAAUCCCGAGACGGCUAGGCGGUCCAGGCAGGCAGCUGGCUGGCGAGGUUUGAGCGUUGAUCUCAUCACGGGGAUUGUUGACGAGCCCACGGAUGAAGAGGACGAUAAGCCUCUGUCGGCCGUCCGAGCGCGAAAGCUUAAACAGGAGCGCAUUUCCGAGGUCGAGGACGACGAAUGGGAAGAUCUUGCUAGGUCGGACAGGGAAGAUCGAUUGGAGGGAUGCGUGGUGCGUCUUAUAUGGAGUAAGUCGCGGUUAGAUCGUGAUCGUUUAAGAGGAAUAUGGUUGGAAUGCGAUCCUUCUGGCUCAGGCUCUCUGACUCAAGACGCGUUCAUUCGCGGGAUGUGGCGCAUUGACGAAGAAUUGCGGCGUGCACGUAUACGCUCGUCUACAUCUUCUGCUGCAUCUUCGUCAUCCUGGAAGGAGAGAAAGGGCUACGACGGGACAGGCGACGUGUUGGGCAACGACGUCGCAAGGAGGAUACCAUCUUCUUUGGCUUCGAAACCGAAAACUAUUCUACGAUAA